AAGCACAUACAAGUCAACAGAUGCACAAACAGUAAUUAGCAAUUUGCACACAUUCUGCUGUGUAAUUUGUGGCUCGCAGAUGGUGCUGGAUUUUCACAGCGCUUUUGGUUCAGGUAGGCCGAGAAAGGAAGCGCAACCAUCGGUGGUCCGGGGGACGUGCUAGAGUAGACGAAUUCCAUCGGCCUCCUCUUCCUUAUUAAUCAUUCCACUGUAUCAUCUAGGCGGCCACCCACUGGAGUUAUUCAUCCCUCUCCCUCUGGAGUUUAGUGACACCUUCUACCUUCUACUUGUAUGCAAAUAUGUGACUCGUACAGGGGGCGGAUGCACACAGUAGCUGGGACAUCAAAAAUAACUUGAUGUUUCAGGCUCAUAAUGUUUGUCGUGUCGCACACAGCUUGUUCUUCAAGGACGUGCCUACGUUGUUGCACAAAACACCGCGGCUGACUCAUAAUCAAUUGGUGUGCUUUUUGUUUCCCGAACCAUGAAAACUCUCGAUUCUGCUUCGUUGCGAUUGAGUCACACACAAAAUUCAAAAAAAGAAGAAGCAUCCACAUCCUCCUCCUCCUCCUCCUCUUGCGUUGAUUGCGCCCCCUGUGCCCCUCUGUAGGCAUCUCCUCCCUGGGCUCCCUGCUGUCCCUCGCCUGGGUCCUGGCCUCCUACCACAAGCUGCUGCGGGAUUCCCGCGACGACCAGCGCAGCAUGAGCUACCGCGGGGCGCUGCUGCACCUCUUCUGGCGCCUCUUCACCAUCUCGUCCCGCGUCCUCUCGCUCGCCCUCUUCGCCUCCCUCUUCCACAUCUACUUCGGCAUCUUUGUCGUGGUGCACUGGUGCGCCAUGGCCUUCUGGGUGGUGCACGGCGGCACCGACUUCUGCAUGUCCAAGUGGGAGGAGGUGCUCUUCAACAUGGUGGUCGGCAUCGUCUACAUCUUCUGCUGGUUCAACGUGAAGGAGGGCCGGACGCGGUACAGAAUGGUGGCGUACUACAUCGUGGUGUUGGCCGAGAACAGCGUCCUGACCGGCCUGUGGUGGGUUUGCAUUUUCUUGCAUCUUUGACCUGGAUGAAACAAAUACUGCAUCAUGUUUAAAACACAAUUAAAAGAAAGUUAUAGCAUCAGUACAAGCACCUGAGUUGAACCCCGUGUCGCCACCGUCCUGCAGGUACACCUAUAGGGACCCAGUGCUGACCGAUUCCUACGCCGUCCCAGCGCUGUGUGGCGUCUACCUGACGUUCGCC